UUAUAUCAUUUGACCCUAACACUCUCGUUAAAUGACCGGAAUCUCCCAUUUUAACGGCGCCGGGGAAACUUUCCGAUUAGUAAUUUUCCCGAGAAAGUGUCUAAGCUCAUCAUUUUAACGGCCCAAAAAAAAAAAAUGUGGCAAAGAUCAGCUUCAUUCAUUCUCGACCAACAAUACCAACGUCAAAACGAUCUCGCUUCGUCUUCAAAACCGGAAGCCCUUUCUCUCUCUCCGCCUCCGCUUUCAUCGAUGGCUGACACCUUCGAAAACCCUAACUCUAACCCCAAGAUCUCCGCCUACUACCAGACCAGGGCCGCCCACCACGCAGUUGUCACCAGUGAUUGGCUGGCCCAGGCCCAGGCCGCUGUUGGCCGCUUACCCGACGAUAAAGCCCCGCCGGAACCCGAACUCCCGACAGACUCCAAACUCGGAAAACCCUUCAGUUUUAUCGACGAGUUUAACAAUUGGCGGAAACAGCCGGAUUUGGCUGAGGCUGUGGCGGCGAUUCGAGCCUUGGCGGCUGUCAUUAGGGCUAGCGAGGCUACCACCAUGAUGGAGCUCGAAAUUGAGCUUAAGAAGGCCUCCGACUCGCUUAAAUCAUCAGACCCGACCUCUAUCUCCUUGACAGCAGGCUGUGAUCUUUUCAUGAGAUAUGUGACUCGAACUUCAGCUCUGGAAUAUGAGGAAUUUAAUUCUGCUAAGUCUCGUUUAAUUGAGCGUGCAGAGAAGUUUGGGGAGAUAUCAUAUAAGGCACGUAGAAUCAUUGCUAUGCUUAGUCAAGACUUUAUCUUUGAUGGUUGUACCAUUUUGGUUCAUGGUUUCUCAAGAGUUGUUCUGGAAGUUCUCAAGACUGCAGCGCAGAACAAGAAACUCUUCAGAGUUUUCUGCACAGAGGGCAGACCAGACAGAACUGGUUUACGGUUGUCAAAUGAGUUGACCAAACUUGAUGUUCCUGUUAAGCUCCUGAUAGACUCUGCAGUGGCUUACACCAUGGACGAGGUUGACAUGGUAUUCGUCGGAGCAGAUGCAGUGGUGGAAAGUGGUGGAAUAAUUAACAUGAUGGGAACAUACCAAAUUGCACUUGUGGCACACAGCAUGAACAAACCAGUUUAUGCAGCUGCUGAAAGCUACAAGUUUGCUCGUCUUUACCCAUUAGAUCAGAAAGACAUGGCUCCAGCAUUACGCCCUAUUGAUUUUGGGGUACCCAUCCCAUCAAAGGUUGAGGUCGAAAGGUCAGCCAGGGAUUAUACCCCUCCUCAGUAUCUUACCCUACUUUUCACAGACUUGGGUGUUCUCACUCCAUCAGUGGUCAGUGAUGAACUCAUCCAGUUAUACUUAUAGCCCUUGAAGAAUUCAGUUUUGCCUUAUUUCCUCCCUUCCCCCUCCAUAAGUUAUAUUAUUGGGGGGAGGCUUCAUAAAAAUGUUGUAAUUUUGACUUGUAACACAAAAAAUUUCGACCAUGAAAUUGAGAUGGACUGUUCUCAUGCAUGCUUUGCUUAUAAUAUAAUGUGGUCCUUUCAUUGU